AUGGGCUUAGCUUCUUUCUGUGCUUGGGCAUUGUGGAAAGAGCGUAAUUCUUUUUGUUUUGAGCAGAGACAAAAAGAUCCUUGGCAAGUGGCAGCGAUAGCUUGUUCCUGCUUUUCAGAAUUUAUGGAAGCUCAAAAUCGGAGAGGUCGAUUACAUACUGAUUUUCAAUUUUUGCAUCCUCAGAAGUUAUGGAAGCCUUCGACGGAUGGUUGGAUCAAGUGUAAUGUUGAUGCCUGGUUUUGUAAAAGGUCACGAGCCGCGGGUGGUGGAGUUGUGUUCAGGGAUUCAGCCGGGUCUAUAAGUGAUGUGGCUUUAUGGUGGGCCAAUUAUCUGGGGUUCCAAUGUAUUUGGGUGGAAUGUGAUGCAAAAUUGGUGGUUGAUGCAGUUUUGGGUGCUGUGACUCCUCCGAAAGAGCUCUCAACUUUGAUUUUUGAUAUCAAAGAAGCAUGA